AUGGCAUCGCCGGACAAGGCCAGCAAGCCUCUGCCUGGCAAGAGCAUCCUCAAAAAGCCUCAGAAGCCGUCAGUGAAGCAGCGCAGGUCGCGGUCUUCGCUAUGCGGUAACUGCAUCAUCUCUCUCGUCCUGGCCGUUGCAUGCGUCAUCGCCACGCUGCGCCUGUUUGGCACUUCCACCGACUUGCGUCCCUGGUCGCGCCUGGGAGACUGGGGCGUCUAUGAGUUUGAGGACACGGAUGAGCCUCACUCCGGCCUGCCUGUGCCUCAUGAGACGGAUCGCUAUCUGCUGGGCGCUGGCAAGGCCGACAUUACCGGCCCCGUCGUCGAGCUCAACAUGAUGGGCUACGCAGACGCUAAUCAAAUCGGAAGUGGUGUGCGCCAGCGCCUUUAUUCGCGUGCUUUCAUCGUGGGCGACCUCGAUAAUCCCAAGGAUCGUUUUGUUUACCUCGUUCUUGAUACCCAGUCUGGCGAUACUGCUGUCCGAUUUGGCAUUCUCAAAGGUCUGCAAAAGCUCGGCCCAGCAUAUUCCAUGUACAACCACGACAACCUGGCAGUCACCGCCACGCACUCUCAUUCUGGUCCGGGCGCUUGGCUGAAUUAUCUCCUGCCGCAAAUCACGAGCAAGGGUUUUGACAAGCAGAGCUACCGGGCCAUUGUGGAUGGCUGUCUGCUCUCUAUCCAGCGCGCUCAUGAAAGCCUUGCUGCGGGAACUCUCAGCAUCGGAAGGACCAAGAUUUUCGGCGCCAACAUCAACCGCAGUCUAUUUUCUUACUAUGCAAAUCCCGAGGAGGAGCGUGCGCGCUACAACUUUAGCGUCGAAGACGACGGCUCUGUCGAAAAGGAGAUUACGGUUCUCAAGUUCCAGAGAGAGGUUGAUGGCAAAAACAUCGGCGUGCUGACUUGGUUCCCCACACACGGCACAUCGAUGCAGGCCAACAAUACUUUGAUCACUGGCGACAACAAGGGGCUUGCAGCAGAUCUGUUUGAGCGUCAAGUUCGUGGCGGAAGCGGCGAGACGGACGACUUUGUCGCUGGCUUCUCACAAGCCAACAUGGGAGAUGCAAGCCCGAAUGUGCUCGGCGCAUACUGUGAAGACACGGGCGAGCCUUGCGACUGGAAGACUAGUAGCUGCAGCGAUGGACGACCGGGAUCCUGCCGCAGUCGUGGGCCUUUUUUCCUCAAAAACGACAGGGGAGCAUCAUCUUGCUUCGAGAUUGCCCGCUUGCAAGCUGAGGGCGCUAUGAGCGUGUACAAGGAGCUCAACGAAAAUGAGAAUAACGUGAGAGGCGUGGGAGUCAAGGCAAUUCAUGAGUUUCACGACAUGGCUGGGUAUGAAUUCCUGCUUCCCAAUGGCACUACGGCUCGGACUUGUCCUGCAGCGUUGGGCUACUCAUUUGGAGGCGGAACGAGCGACGAGCCCGGGCAUUUUGACCUCAUUCAGCACGGCAGCAACAUGACGAAUUCGUCUCCCGUCUGGCGAGUUGUUCGCUGGCUGCUCAAGCCUCCCAGCCAGGAACAGAUGGAUUGUCAGUAUCCCAAGCCCAUCAUUUUGGAUGUGGGCGAGGUUGGGCGCCCGUAUGAAUGGACACCAAACAUUGUAGAUGUCCAGACGUUCCGCGUCGGCCAGCUACUCAUUGUCGUCAGCCCGGGCGAAGCCACGACCAUGGCCGGAAGACGCUGGAAAGAAGCUGUGGCUUCGCAGAGCAAGGAGCAGAUGAAGGAAGACUUGGCUGGUCAGGAGCCGAUUGUGGUGAUUGGUGCUCCCAGCAACAGCUACACUCAUUACAUUACUACGGAGCAAGAGUACAAGAUCCAACGUUACGAGGGUGCCUCGACGUUGUACGGGGCGCAUACGUUGGCGGCAUACGUCAACAGAACGCUGGAGACGUUGCACUACCUCAAGGCGACACACGCGACGUCUCGCACCGGCCGCAAGGUGCGCCGACUGCCGCCGGACAACAGCCGCAAGGCCCUGAGCUUCAUCACCGGCGUCGUGUACGACCGGACGUGGUCGGGCCCGUACGGCAGCGUCAGCGAGGACGUGGCCAAGGCGCGCUUCCGCCGCGGCGAGACGGUCACGGCGCGCUUCGUCGGGGCCAACCCGCGCAACAACCUGCGUCUCGAGCAGACGUACGCGGCCGUCGAGCACCGCGCGCCGGGACAGGAACUGUGGACGACGGUGCGCGACGACUCGGACUGGGCGCUCGUGUUCCGCUGGAAGCGACUGUCGGGCCUCCGGGGCACGAGCGAGGUGACGCUGGAGUGGGAGGUGGAGGACUGGGCACGGGACGGCGAAUACAGGCUGCGAUACUAUGGCGAUGCCAAGGCGUUUUGGGGCAAGAUUACGGCGUUUGACGGCGCGAGCUCGACAUUUCACAUUGGAUAG